CAGAGCAGCAGUGAUACACUGAGGAGGAAAUAUCUGUCCCCGUGCUUUCCUUGGGGUGGAGGCGUCUCCUGCACCAGCACUUGAAAACUUUGCUGUGGUUUGGUGUUUCCAUGGUUUCUUAUAUUUUGGUAUAAAUUCCAUGAUAUGUGGAUGUAAUUACGACUAAGAAAUUAUGAGUGGGGACAGCAAGAGUAGACAUUUCUCAGACAGCCUGGUCCUAGACGAUUCUGAGAAUGGAGUCGUCAUCACCGGAAUCACAGAUGACACAAUCGCUGCAAAGAGUGGCCUACAAGCUGGAGAUGAGAUUGUUGCAGCCACAAUACACCUAGACCACCUCAACAAAAAUGAGGUGCUUAACAUCCUGAAGGCCCUGGAGCCAUAUGACAACAACAUGAAGGUUCUCACAAAGAAGGAGCUAGGUGCCAGCGCUGGCCUUGGCUCCUUGGGAAUGACUCUCAAAGACCCUGCAAAGAUGGUUGACCUAAAGAAGGAUCUGUCGCUGGAUGCAUCGGCUGAGGCACCAGUUGUUUCCCUUGAUGGCCUGAGUGGAAAACUAAAUGCUGCACAGGGUUUGGGGGGUGAAAUAGGUGGUCCCACUCUCAAUGGAGACCUUCCAAGUCUCAAUCUAGAUGACCCUUUAGCUGAUGCUGGCACCAAGUUCACAGUGCCUUCCCUUGAACUGACUGGACCAGAUGUAAAAGGAGAUCUAGAUGGUUCCCUGAAAGCACCUGAUGUCAGUGUCUCAACUCCCAAGCUCAACACCCCCAGUUCCUCGCUUGACAUUGAGAAACCAGAAAUCAAGACAGGCAACCUGAAAUACAAGACACCAAAAUUCACAAUGCCGAACUUCAGUCUGCCUCAUCUCAAAACACCAAAAGCAGAUAUGGAUGUUUCUGGUGACGUAAAUCUCCCUUCUGUCAGUGGAAAUGUGGGGACACCAGACCUCGAUGUGUCAACCCCAAAAUUAGAUCUUAAAAGUCCAGAUUUGGAUUUCAAUGGACCAAAAGUAGAUCUGAAUGGUCCUGGCAUAAAUUUAGAACCUCCAAAUGCUAACAUUGAGGCACCCUCUGGUAAAUUCAAAUGGCCCCAUCAACAAUGGAAAUUUCCUAAAGUUAAAGGACCAGAUGCUGACUUAACUGCUGACCUCUCUGCACCUAAUGUCAGCCUCAAUACACCAAAGAUCGAUGGGGAUCUAAGUGCACCAGAUGUUGACAUCAAAAGCUCUAAUUUAGAUGUUCAAACCCCAGAUCUUGACAUUGAUGCCCCAUCUAGUAACACCAAAUGGCCUCGUUGGAAGUUAAAGAAACCCAAACUUCAUGGCCCAAAAGCUGAUCUGAAUGUAGAUGCGAACCUGAACGCACCCAGUGUCAAUGCCUCUCUUCCAAAUGUGGAGGGUGGAAUAAAUACCCCAGAUAUUGACAUAAAUGUGCCGAGGGCUGGCCUUAAAGACCCUGAUGUAGAUGUGCAAACCCAAAAUAUUGAUGCAGAGGCUCCAUCUGGUAAAAUCAACUGGCCUCAUCUGAAAUGGAAAAAGCCCAAACUUCAAGGGCCAAAAGCAGACUUGGAUGUAGAUGCAGACCUAAAGGGUGACGUGAAUGUGCCGAAUGCUGAGCUAAAUCUCCCAAAAGCUGACCUUCACUCCCCCAGUUUAGAUGUUCAGGCCCCAGAUCUUGACGUUGAUACCCAAUCAGGGCCAAUUAAUUGGCCUCAUCUGAAGUUGAAGAAACCUAAACAUCAUAGCCCCAAAGCUGAUAUGGACCUUAAUGCUGAUCUGAGCACACCAGAUGUUGAUCUCUCUCUUCCAAAAACGGAUAAUGAGAUUAGCACACCAGCUGUCGAUCUGAAUUUAGCCAAAGCUGAAGCUGAUAUUAAAGCACUGGAUCCUGCCAUUGAGGCCCCCUCUGGUAAAAUCAGAUUCCCAACACUCAAAAAGCCCAAGUUUCUGCUUUCUGGUCCCAAGGUGAAAGGCCCAGAUGUUGACCUUGAUGCUGAUACUAAAGCACCUGACCUCAGUCUCUCUGCUCCAUCAGUUGAUGGACCUGAUGUUGAUCUGAGUGUACCCAAAGCUGAUGUUGAUGUUAACACACCAAAUGUAGACAUCAAAGUUCCCUCUGCGAAGCCCAAAUGGCCUACUUUUAAAAAGCCGAAGUGGACAGUCUCAGGUCCUAAGGUUAAUGGUCCAGAUGCAGGUUUGGAUGCUGACAUUUCAGCCCCUGAGUUGAAUCUCUCAGCUCCAAAGAAUGAUGCUGAAAUAAAUGCACCAGAUGUAAAUCUAAACUUAGCAAAAGCUAACGUGGAAGGCCCUGGUUUAGAUAUUGAUUCUCCAGAUGUUGAAAGUCCUUCUGGAAUAUUUAAAUGGUUCAACUUCAAAAAACCCAAAUUUGGCACACUGAAGGGUCCAAAGGGUGACAUUGAUGCUGAUGUAAAGGUACCAGACAUCAACUUCAAGGCAACUGAUGUGGAUUUGAGUGCACCAGAUUUUUCAGCACCAAAAAUUGACGGUGGGAUUGACACUCCAGACCUCAACAUCAGCAUGCCUAAUGCUGAUGUCAAAAGUCCAGAUGUAGAUUUUAAUGGGCCAGAUAUUGACCCACCUGAGGGUAAACUGAAGUUUCCUAAACUAUCACAAAUUAAAGGACCAAAAGUCAAGGGUCCUGAGUUGGAUGCUGAUUUAAAAGCACUGGGCAUUGAUGCCAGUUUUGACUCACCUAAAGGCAAUGUGGAUGUACCUAAUGUAGACCUAAAAGUAUCAGAUCCCCCCUUCUCUGCACCAAAAAUUGGUCUUGACACACCAGAUCUUGACAUUAACUCACCAAAAGCUGAUGUGGACCUUCAAGCACCACAGGUGGAUGCCUCUGCUGGAAAAUUCAAGCUCCCCAAAUUACCGAAGUUUGACUUAUCAGGGCCGAGGGUAAAAAGACCUAGUCUUGAUGUUGAUGCGGACAGUGUGUCUGUUCCUGGUAUUAAAGCGCAAAUACCUGAUGUCCAAGCACCUGACUUGAAUCUUUCUGUCCCCACUAUUAACGGAGAUCUCAGUUCUCCAGAUCUGGUUGGUGACCUUAAGACAGAUAUUGACCUUUCAGCCCCCAAUCUCUCUACCCCAAACCUGAGAGCACCACAUCUCAGAAUGUCUUCACCAAAAAUUGAUGGAAACCUCUUAGCACCAAACACAAAAACCACAUUGCCAAAAGCUGAACUAGGAGCACCUGUCACACUGAAGUCUCCAAAUGCAGAUAUCAACCUGCCCAAAGCAGAGCUCAAACAACCUGAUGCACAGUUAAAAACACCAGAUCUAAAUCUUGAUUCCCACCUCGGGGACUUCAAUUUACCUCAUUAUAAUCUUCCAAAACUUGAUCUUUCAUGUUCUGAAGUAGAAGUUCCCAGUGUUAAUCCUUCAGUGGAGGCUGGAAUCAAGCCACCAAGGGUCAACAUGGGCACUCCUACAGAAGAUGCCAACAUCUCUGUUCCUGCAGUAGACUUGAGUGUGCCAAAUUUGGAGGGAGAUAUCAAAGGACCCAGAGCUCCAACUGUAGAUGCCAAUCUUGAAAAGCCCAAAUUGUCAAAUUUGAAGUUUCCAAAGUUGAGCUUACCAGGGUCUAAAAUAAAAGCAGCAGAUGUUGAUACCAGUGCAAAUCUUGAAGUCUCACCUGAUUUGGAGAUCAAAUCUCCCAGUGUUGAAGGAGAGAUCAGUUCAACUGAUUUAAGUGUCCCAAAAUCACCUGAGGUGAAGACCAGCCUCAAUACACCUGAUCUGGAUAUCACACCUGAAGCAGAUGCAGAAGUGAAAGGUUCUCCAAAAAGUAAGCUGAGAUGGCCCUUCAAAUGGGGAUUCAAGUCUGGUUCUGGUACUGAUGAAGAGAGAAGUGGUCUUGACUCUGAAAAUGAUGCAUCUAAUGCUGAGGUGGAGGUUCCUGUAUUCAAAAUCCACAGACUGCCCAGGAACAGCAUUGAUGGCAUUGGAGGAAUUGGUGAUACCUUAGGCUUAUCAAAACUUGACACAGAGGCAAAGGAUUAUGUCAUCAGCAAAGGGGUCCGCUUGCCAAUAGUAAAUGCAACAUCAAAACCAGGAGAGAAGAUUGACAUCAUGGAGAGAUUGAAAAUGGCAAAGGAAAAAGCACCAUCAGCUAAUGCCUCACCAACUGAAGCGAAAAGUGAUAUUGAUCUGAAGCUCGUUGCCCCCAGUCUUGAUGUCGGUGCCUCCUCAGAAACAGGAGAUUCCUCUUUGGCGAGAGGAGGUACUUUUAAAGUAGAAAAGCCAGAGUCAGUACUGGGCCUUGUAGCACCUGAAAUUUCGACAUCAGAUGAAAAUGACAAAUUGUCAUUGGGCCUCUCCAAAAUGCUUGGCCUUAAUGUCAAGGACUCAGGUGCUGACUGAUUCCUGCUAGGCUGACCUGAUUAAGCUUCAAGAAAAACUGUAAAUACAUGUAAAUUUACCUUUUUUGCCUUAGCUUGUGACCACAAAGACAAUGUUAACUGUUUGAAUACACUUGCCACAGUUUUCUGCAGAUAGUGCCAGCUACAGUAUCCUUCUUGUAGAUCUUAAUGGAUGUAGCCUGAAGAAGAAACUUGUUUUUAUAAACUAUGUGUAUAUUCCUGUUAUUUAUAUAAGCUGUUUUCUAAACAUUGUUGAUUUGGAAGUCUGUUACUUUUUAAAUAAAUGCCUCAGUAUUGCCUGUGAUCACACUGAGCUGUUAUAGUUUCUGAGAAGUGCAUCUUAAGCUCUUUACAUAAGAUAAUUGUGAGUGAAUGUAUUUGUUACAUUUUUUUGUUCAAUAAAUAACUUAGUGCAUUCAA